AUCUGACUAUUAACACCAGCAAAUUCCAUCAUAAGCAGAUUUCUAGAAAUUCUCCAACUGCCUUCAUCACCCAUAUUUCACACCUUCCUCUACAAGAAACACUAUUUUUAGCAUUCUGCGUUAUUAUUAUUUUCACACAGCAUUUCUGCAUAGCAUUUUUAUAUUUUUGUUCAAUGUUAUGUAUUCCUUUUAUUGUUGGACUAAAGUAUUUUUCUUUCUCUUUAUGAAGAGUGAAUCCAGGAGAAAAGAAAAAGGUUUUGAAUCCAAACAAAGCUCAAAGUCCUAUGAAGAAGAUAGGUUACGAUUUCCAAUUUCGAUCGAGUGCUGAACUAGCCAAGCAAUAUCAGAUUAAGAGAGAAAAACUUGCUAAUGAUCGGGAGAAUAGAGCUGUGAAACAGCAAGCACCAUUAAGUCAUAAAAGGAAGAAUCCUAUGUCUACAAUAUCAAAUGCAAGAGAAGGACAAAGUAGACAAAGGUUAAUUCAAUCUAAGGAGUCCAUUCAGCAGCAAGGAAAUGGUAAAUUACCUAUGCACAAAUCCACAGUCCAACUGUCUUCAAAGGAAGUUCUUAACACUUCAAAUAUGAUUGAAAAAAGACAAGGAGAAGGAGAAAAACAACUUGGCAUUCAUGAGCUACAAAAUGUCAAAAAGGUGAAGAGAAAGUCGGUCUUACCGACGACAAGUCUUGAUCUUUUCCUACAACAAAAAGGAACACAUGUGGGUGGAGAGAAACUACCUGAUAUUCAGCCAGUUAAUGAGUCCAGAUCUAUGCCGUCCCCUCUUGUUGAUGAGCAUAAUAUUGAACUUGAUAAUUUUGAUGCACAAGAAGAAGUUGGCGAUGAUGAGUGUGUUAGAGACGAAGCUAUGGACGUUGAUUCACAUAUAGGUGGAACAUCAGAUAAGAAGAAAGUUCGAGGGCAAACAAAAUGUAUGCUGAUUCAUGCAAGAAAUCUUCAGGAGAGAGAGGAGGUGACAUUUGACAAAGGACAAGCCGUGGGACCAAUCGGUAAAAGAGUGUCUCAGUUAAGCAACUUCAUAGGAACAGUUGCCAGGAAUCCUAGAUUUAUCACAUUACUAUUCACUAAUUGGCAUGCUGUUCCAGAUGAUACGAAACAACGAAUGGUGGAUUAUGUUAAAGUAAGAACAAUCAAUUUUCAAUUGUGUAUUUUAUUGGGUUUCUUACCAAAUGAAGAUAACAUAUAUGUCAUUUGCAUAGACCAAGUUCAUAAUUCCAGCAGAAGGAAAUAA